AUGAUGUCUUAAAUUAUCAUAAUUAUUACAUAUUUGUUUACGCUUUUAUUAUUUACAUUUUAUACACCGCAGAGUCUAAGUUACUUAGAUUUUUUUCAUUUGUAAAAGCGUGUUAUACUCGACUGGAUGCAUUGUAUUGUUCAGUCAACAUGAAUAUUUCGUUCCUAUUCUUAGCCUCAGUUUUGUCUGAAAGAAAAUGUUUGGAUUUUAGAGAAACUGCGUCUUUGAUUGCUAAUUCAGAGUUUCUAUAUCGAAAAAUAACUUCUAUAGUGUGGUGGCAAGUUUCAGAUCAAGUAGAUGAUUAUCUGUUAAGUUAUCAAGGAUCGGUGAAGACAAUAGACAUGAAUUUCAGCUUCAAUCAAUCUAUAGCUUUGGAACAAGCGAUCUUGUUUGUAACAUCGACUGAGGAAUUCCUUGAAAUUGCAAUGAAUUUGGACAAGAAAAUAACCUCUCCGGGUAAAGUGGUAACAAUUUUAUCGAAUCCAAACGAACUAAGUGAUAUUACGAAAGUUGCUUGGAAAUAUGAUAUAGCUGAUUUAAUUAUACUGACGAAAGAAAACCAAACUGUAUCUAUGUACACGUAUUAUCCGUAUAGCAAUAAUGAAUGUGGCAGUACAGCUCCAGUUAAAGUUGACUUUAAGAAAAAGUUUUUUCCGAGGAAGUUUAAGAAUCUGUUUGGAUGCGAAACCAGAUUGGGAAGUGUAACAGCUCCCCCGUAUUCUAGAUUAGAAUGUGUCAAUGGUUCGUCUCCUUCGUAUAAAGGAAUUCUUGGUAGCCUGGUGAAGCUUAUAGUUGAUCAUAUGAAUACAACACUCAAAGUUUUAUGUAUUUUAGGCACAGAUCAAAAAAUGAUUAAUGAUCUUGAACACAAAACGGUUCAUAUUCUCACCUCAGUGAUAUAUACUCAAGAUUUCUUAGCAACGCAGAACACUCCUGUUUACCACUUUUUUGAAAGUGUUUGGUGUGGACCUCCACAACGGGAAAUGUAUACACAUGUCAAAGUAUUAGUACCUAUGUUGAGUAACUUUACAGUUUUCCUCUGCGCUACUUAUCUAAUACUUGUUGCUGUGUUGAAAAUAAUUGACAGGCUUAUUAGAGAACCACGCAACAAGACCUCCCACAUGGCUUGGAAGGCUUUCGCGGUUCUGUUGGGACAGAGCUUCCGCUCUGAUUCGAAAUAUUGGCUAAUAAAUUAUCUUUUCAUGCUAUGGUUCUGGUUCAGUUUGGUGUACAAUAUUGCUUACCAAGGAUUGUUAGUGACAGGUCUUCAGACGAAAUACCUGGAGCCUCGUUUCGAUAACAUAAAACACGCUAUAAGUUUAGUAGACGGCUACGGGGGAACAAUAAGGCAGAGAAUCUUAUACAAUGACACUCCUAUAUUUGACAAGUACCAGGUCAUGGAGUUACAUGAAAUGUUUUCAUACCUGUCCCCGAUAUCGAGGGGUAAGCGGUUUCUGAUUCUAACAGUAAAAUUAGUAUUACUGGGGUACAAAUCAUUGCAGAUUUUUCAGGAAGUUAAUCAUGUACCGAUGACUAUGUCUUUGACUCCAAGGUGGGGAGGUGGUGUGGAAAUAAUCUCAACCCAGACCCGACUGAUAGAAGGCGGUUUCUUUGAGAAAAUUCUUGUCGAUGAGAAACGGGCUAUUGAAAGUAGAGAAGCCAAGUUACGUGUUUCUUCAGAUUUUCAAUCAGGGCAUUUGGAUUUUAAAACGCUCUGCACGUGCUUCUAUGGUUUGGGUGUGAUGAGUGUGGUAUGUUUUGUUAUAUUUUUAAUAGAGCUGCUUUACCAUCGGCUAGUAACACCCGCAAAAGGAAAGCUAAUGCAAAAUUUAGAUAAUAAUAAACUUCAUGCGUCGUAACUAUUAAAUUAACUUAGUACCAAAUUGUAUUAAAAAUACACCAAUUUAU